AUGCCGUGGAAUUUGGCAGAGUUCCAAAACGUGCGCGAAAAUCCCGAAAAUUCGCCAAAUUUUCGAAUAGUUCAGCUAACUGCACAAGAAGACAACACCGAAAAAAUUUGGAAAUUGGCUGAAAAUUUGAAAAUCUCAACUUUCCACGUGAGUUCUAGGCUCAAUUUCCCCCAAAAUUCCAAAAAUUUUCAGAAAAACACCGAAAUUUUUCACGCGAUUCAAAUAAUUCCACAUUUUCUGCUUCCCGUGGCGAUUUUUGAACGAAAUUCGGGAAUUUUCGCGGUCUACAGUAGGAAAAAUGAACAUGUUCCACUCGAGACCCUGAUACGGUAUUCGUACAGUAAUUUGCCGAAUUUUGAUCUACAGGUAGGUUCAAAAAAUCGUGCCGCAAAAUUGCUGAAGCCCCGCCCACAAAACCAUGCCGCAACUUGAAAUUCCUCAUGUUUUUCAGCGCCUCAAUUUCCUGUCACACAGUCUCCUAGAAAUCUACUCGCAAAUUUUGCAACGUGGAAUCUGGGCCGAUUUUCGAAUCGAAAAUUUUCGCAUUUCCGACGAUUUAUGGAUCGAAUUUGAUGUUUUUGGACAAUUUUUGAGAAGAGCUGAAGCUGAAAAUGCUGAAAAUUUGAGCUUGGAAGAGAUUCAGUGGAAAUGGAUUCGGCGCGAAAUUUCGAAUUUUGAAUAUUUGCACAUUUUGAACCAGAAAGCUGGAAGAGUUCGAGGAGAAGGUGAGCUUGCCACGUCAUAGGCAAUUUUGGUCGGGAAAUCUGAAAAUUUGCCAUUUUCAGUGCACAAUCAUCCGAUUUUCCCAUGGGUCACCGAUUUUUGUGGAAAUUUUCGGCCGCUGAAUCGAACCAAAUAUCGAUUGAAUAAAGGAGACGAUCAGUUGAAGUUAGUUUAA